AUGUUUGACGAGAGGUGGGUUAUUAUACUACUCUAGUUUGUAGCACUUAGGGAAGCACUUAGCCAAAGUCCCUUCAUUAGUGCUCUUUAAAUCGACAUUAAAUAUUCUUAAAACUUUGUGAUUAUUGUUUAUGUUUUUGCUGAAGAAGGUGCACAAAGAGCAAGAGCCACAAAGAUGUCCGAGAUCUGUAACCGUUAUAGGAGACAAACGGCCUCCAGUUGCAUCAGGAAGAGCUUCUCUUUAUGGAUCAGUGAGAGGUGCAGGAGCUGCUACUGUGGCUGCUGGUCCUUCCAGAGCUGUCCAGAAGGUGCCCACAGCUUCGACUGCUCCUAAAGGUGCAGCCAAACCGCCCGCUGCCACUAAAGCAGGUGGGACCGGGGCUCCGAGGAGACAAGCAUGGGACCUGAAGGGCAAGGUCAGCAACAUGGAGGGCAAGAUCCGCAACUGCCAGACCAAGGUCCGGUCUGUGAACGAGAAUGAGAUCCUGAAAGGCUCCGUGGCCCAGAGCCACAACCGACUGUCUAACCUGGAGAGAGAGGUGGAGAGUCAGAAGAGCAAAAUCUGUGGGUAUGAAGUGGAGCUGCAGGCUUUGUGUGGAGUCCGUGAGGAUCUAAAACACAUGACCAUUGAGAAGAACUGCCUUCAGAGGGAACUUUCUGAUCUGGAGGCAAAAUACAAAGUCAUGGAGACUCUGAGGGACAGCCAGGAGGCCGAGCUGCAGACUCUGAAGGUGAACGACUGCGUCAUCGGAACGGCCAGCUCCAACAGAAAAUAGAAAUUUAGCCUCCAAUUAUUAUUAUUUUUUUACUUAUGAACACACCAUCAUAUAAAUAGUGACUCCAUGGUUCAGUUUGAAGCCUGGUCUACACUCUCGUGUCUCAAUUGUAAAAACCAAAAACAUUUGUUUUUUUCUCAGGUACCCUGAGUUCUUACAGGUUUUAGCCUCAUUUUAUAAAUUCUCUUUGUGUGUUUUUAGCAGUUUUUAAGCUUUAAUUAAAAUUGUAUGAAUUUUACUAAUGAAAACAAUCAUAUUCUGUUUUUACCAUCUUUUCUUGUUGUGUCUUAAUAAAUAUUUUACCUGAUGAGCUGCUCCUGUUUUCUUCCUUAUUUUGUUUUAAAUUACUUAUAUUCUUACUUCUCCAAGAAAAGUAAACACUUGGCCAAUAUAGUAGACCACUUUUUAACAUUUCAAGAAAUUUUUAUUUCAGAAAGAUUUAUAAGUGUCAGAUCUAUUAUUCAUGUUUUGAUUAUCAUGUUUUAUGCUUUUAUUACAAUUAAAGAUUGUUUCAUUUAUGCUUUUAUUACAAUUAAAGAUUGUUUCAUUUAUGCUUGUAUUACAAUUAAAGAUUGUUUUAUUUACCAUGUUUUAUGCUCAAUGAUUUUAUCUUUUAUGUACCUAAACAGUUGCUGUAUUGUAAAAUUCCCUCGUGAGUUUUUAAGAGUGUUAAAACCUGAUUUAAUGUGGCCCAAGGACGACCUGAGAAGAUCCGCUGUUAAAAAGUAGUAAAUUUUACUUAAGGAUUGCUGUAUAUACCCUGGUUCAGCGCCUUGAGCUUCCUGACACGGUUGCGGAAGGCGCUUUAUAAAUGAAGCUUUGAUUUGAUUUUGAUUUCUAUUUAAUACAUCCUGAAUUUUUUGUAGCUUGUUUGCUAACAGGCUAACGUGAGUCUAGUGAUUGAGCUAAAAUUGUAUAUUUUUAUAAGGGAAUAUUUUGUUUCAUCACCUUCAUUUGUUGCUGUAUUAAUUAGAAAUGCUGAUUUAUUUAUCUUCGCAGGUGAACGACUGCGUCAUCGGGAUGGCCAGCUCCAACAGAAAGUAGAAAUUUAGCCUCCAAUUAUUAUUAUUUUUUAACCUAUUAUGUACACCAUCAUAUAAAUAGUGACUCCAUGGUUCAGUUUGAAGCCUGGUCUACACUCUCGUGUCUCAAUUGUAAAAACCAAAAACAUUAGUUUUUUUCUCAGGUACCCUGAGUUCUUACAGGUUCUAGCCUCCUUUUAUAAAUUCUCUGUGUGUGUUUUUAGCAGUUUUUAAGCUUUAAUUAAAAUUGUAUGAAUUUUACUAAUGAAAACAAUCAUAUUCUGUUUUUACCAUCUUUUCUUGUUGUGUCUUAAUAAAUAUUUUACCUGAUGAGCUGCUCCUGUUUUCUUCCUUAUUGUUUUAAAUUACUUAUAUUCUUACUUCUCCAAGAAAAGAAAACACUUGGCCAAUAUAGUAGACCACUUUUUAACAUUUCAAGAAAUUUUUAUUUCAGAAAGAUUUAUAAGUGUCAGAACUAUUAUUCAUGUUUUUGAUUAUCAUGUUUUAUGCUUUUAAUACAAUUAAAGAUUGUUUCAUUUAUGCUUGUAUUACAAUUAAAGAUUGUUUUAUUUACCAUGUUUUAUGCUCAAUGAUUUUAUCUUUUAUGUACCUAAACAGUUGCUGUAUUGUAAAAUUCCCUCAUGAGUUUUUAAGAGUGUUAAAACCUGGCUUAAUGUGGCCCAAGGACGACCUGAGAAGAUCCGAUGUUCUAUCAAUUGCUGACUCAUCGUGUGAUAAGACACUGAAAGUUCUUUGUGUAAUUAUGAAUGCUCUUGGUUUUAAACUUGCAGGACUGAGAGCUGUGUUUUUCCCCCUCCCUUCAGAAUCAGCUCUCAGGCAUGUAACUAGGGAACUCCCGAUUGUAAUAAAUAUGGGUGCUCGGAUUUCAGAGGUCAGAAUGGUUUCAGGAAGCAUCAGCUCAGUGGAGACUGGGUUGGUGUGACUUUAUUCCAUUCUCCUCAAGCUUAAACAGAA